GAUGGCUCUCAUCGACACCAUCGGCGCAAUAGCGGCUCAAACAACGCGCAUAUAGGGGUGAGUUCAGGCGCGGGUGCGUCGGCCUCAUCGGCCAAAAAGCCGCGAAUCGACUUAACAAAACCGGAACGAAACGGAACGACGGGCUCGACGGCCACUAACAACGUGGGCAUAACGACCACCGCUUCGUCGUCCAUAAAUGACACGUCAAUGGAUCCGAACAGUGCCGACACAAUGGUAACGGUGGCGCACCUCAGAGAACAGGUUUUGGCGCUCAAGAAGCAGAUCAAGAACAAGGAAAGGGAUUUACUAAACAAAGACAAAGAGAUAACAGUAUUGAAGUCAGAGCACAGCAAAGAGAUACGGGACGCGCGCGAGAAGUUGAACGACACGACUCGUCGCCACUCCGAGAAAGUGCAGGAAUUGCAGCAAAAGAUCGCACAACUGUCCAAACAGAACGCAUCGCUCGUCAAAGCAAACAAAAAGAGUGUCACUCCUAAUGAUAGUCCGCUUCUGUGAGAGUGGCCGCAGACCACCGACACAUCAACACUACUGGUACUAAUUUUUAUGGCUAUAAUUAC